AAAACCGGUUCGUUGCAAAACCGCCAUAAAAAUCGUGCAAAUCCGCCAAAUUCGCUUUCGUUACGCCAGUGAAGCAACAUCAUUCUGUCGUUCCGACGUCGACGUUUCCGAAUUUUGGAAUUGCAGAACGGGGACCUAAAUAGAGCACUGAAAAGCAAUUGAUAAUUUGGAACAAAAGCUAAAAGUGAGACCGUGUGAAAAUGCCGGUGCGCAAAAACGAUGCGAAGCGCGUUCACGCUCCGCGCCCGGUAAAAUUGAAAAAGGGCUUGUCCAGUAAGCCCAUUGCGACACUCGGUAACGGGGAAGCACAGCAACACGAGAAGCUCAGCCUGUUCGCUGUAGAACCUCUUCAACGAAGCGAUCUUGUGAAGUGCACGGGAUACAAAAAAGCCGUGACGACGCUCUACCAUGCCACCAGUGAAAAAAGUGCAGCGAGCAUUGUUCAACAGCAACGGCUCUUCGGCGGAACGCAAGGCAGUCUCGGGGGCGGUAUUUACCUUUGCAAAUCGCCUGUCGAGGCGAGGAUGCGACAACGCGCUGUCGGCCAGGCUAAAGAUGCCGUGGUCUUGGAAUGCACGGUGAAAACUGGCAAUGUGGCGGUUGUGCGAUCGGGCAAAAAGGUGGACGUGGCGAAGUUGAAAGCGUUCGGGUGCAGCACCGCUAAGGAGGAGGGAAAAGAUGUGUGGAUGGUGCCCAGUUCUAGUUGGAAUAAGAUAAACGCAAAUCCACCGCUAUCACGAUGAGAAGGCCGUGCAAAAUCCUUCCCCGAAGAUUUUAUCGUACUUCUCCGAUUCUGAUUCAUCGUCGUGGUGAGGAAUAGAAUUCGGUGGACCAACGCAGAGUACAUUACUCAUAUCGGUUUCGGAGUGUAACAGUUUUUUGUAGAAUGAACGGAAUGAAAUGACAUACCAGUGGUCAAUUGUUGAUUGUAAGCAAACAAAAACUGACUCAGCCCUUCGUUUUUUUUGUUUCCGAAUUUGAAGUAAACAAGUUAGUAUGCAGCAAACUCCGGAGCACCAGUCGAGAAGCUGUCCUUCUGUGUUAUGUUGACUUCCUAGUGACUGUGUCAGUCUGCAAGCGUCGGUUUUCAGCGGAGCUCAGUUGAUAAUGUCAACAAACUCUGCUACCGGUGCCGCAUUGAGGCUCUGUUGCUGCGUUUCAAAAUGUCGUGCUUGGGCACCCUGGUAUGGCAACCAGGCGUUCUACUUCGGCGUAAUAAUAAAUCAGUGGCUUCCAUGGAUUCAGUUUCAGGGGAGAUAUUUUUCGGGAACGGUUGUUGUAGCCUAUGGAUCGGUUUCGGGAAAACAAAGAAAAAACAAAAAGGGAACGCAUCGCAAAGUCGGGGCCCAAAGCCAUUUCAUCGUUUUUUUUCGUAAAGAAAUGAAAUGACUCAUACACAAGAGUUCAGCAUGAAGAACUGUAGACGUCGUUUAGAACAAACAAAUAGUCGAAGGCAGCGUACUUUUAGGAGGUACUACUCCUCAUUUUGUUGCUCGUUUCAUCAUUCGAUUCCUUCGUGUGCGUCUGUCUCGCGUUACCGCAGGAACAAAAUUAUGCCGGGCUGGGGAGUUCGUAAACAAAAUCAGAAAGUACGUGCGCCGCUCUCCGCGAGACAACGACAGGCAGCGCCGGUCAACAACGCGAAACCCAGCAACAAUGCGUGGCAACCUGUUACGCCAUACGAUGUCGCGGCGGUUUCGCAGGACAUGGGGUACGUGACGCUUUAUCAUGCGACAUCUCCCCAAAACGCCGCGCAGAUUGUCCAGUCGCAAUGGUUAAAACCCGGCAACGGCGGGGAGUUAGGUCCCGGAGCGUACUUCUGCGCGGACCCAGAUAAUGCGAGAUUUCGACAGCGCGCAGUGCCGGGGAAGGGGUACGCAGUAGUGCUCUCUGCACGGGUAAAAGUCGGCGCCACGGCCUGUAUUACAAGCGGCAAAGUUGUCGACGCGGAGUUUUUGCGCAGCUUCGGCUACGGGAGCGCGAAAGUGUACGAGAAGGAUAUCUACAUGAUUCCGGGGUGGGGCAGCUGGCAGAAGAUUACAAAUAUCAUGUAUCACACCGGGUAGACGGGGCGCGCCUGGUUUUUUGCCACACAUCUUCAUGAUCCAAACGAAAGACAUAAGCAAUGUCAGUGUUGCCGCCGAUGUACAUAAUUCUGUGAGAAGCGACACAGUUUCUGUACUAAGGCAACAACGCAGUUGUAUCAUGUUGGGAAAGUCAUUCACUGUAGUACUGUGUAGUUGGUCAAAUCGUUCAUUUACCCAUUCAAAUGCACUACUGUUUGCGCACUUGCUAGGUUUUCGUUAUUUUUCCUUGAGAAGCUGCAACGUUUCUGUCUUUUGCUGUGUUCUCGUCCAACGAUACUGCGGAAACUUUUUGAUUUUGGAUUUUGUCUGUCGGCGUGAAAAUUCAAGUAGUGGUGAUCCCAUAGCACGGGAAGCAGCACAAGCAUCGGUUUUGGUUCAUCCCCUGAGUAUAAAAGAUCAGUCGUUUUGCGUCCUGCUUCUGUCGGUUCUUUGA